AGUGCCGCUCGUCUCUGUAGCAGCUCAGCACGUAUUGCGCAACGUGACUAACACCCUGGUCGCCCCGUAGCCGCCAAUCCAGCCGGUAAAACACCGUUAUCCUACAAAGUGGGAUUGGGAAGUGAGCCGACGAGAAGCUCUUCAUUUUAUUCUACACCAGAAUCAUCACAGGAAUCGGGUGCACGCGCCACACUCCCUAUACCGGACUCACCCACCUCUACAUCCCCACAGAUGACUCGCGCACGGUGUCGGAAGUCGUGAUGUAGCCGUUAGUGAGCGAGCGCACCAGCUAGCCCCUGAAGCAACAUCGCGGUUCAAGAACUCAACGGCUUGUAAGCAGCAGGCAACCGUUUUUUCCCCGAGCAUCAAAUUGCAUAGAGUCUCGCUAGGAUGCAAAUGGCAGCGCUUUUAACACAUGACAGUUCAUGUAUUCUAUCUAAACAAGACAUGACAACCACUGGAACCGCUGAGGAGACAUGUCCCUGGAUAUCAUCUCAACCAUUCUGCAGCCAGGUGCAUCAGUGUGACCACUCAGUGAGGAGCUACGAGGGUAAGCACCAACGUGACGGACGGGACUGAAUAGACAUCAUUAUUGGGUCCCACCUACCUGAAGCAGCCUAUUCGAUCCACUGUCAUCACUGACUGUCUUUGCUAGGGCGGUAGUCUUCUGCUCUGCACGGUCUCUCUUCCCUGGCUCUCUGUUUGCUACAGAACCGCCAAGACAUCCACUGGCUCAGUAUACAAGCAGUACACCACUUUUGCAAAUUAAUUCGUCAACACUUGAUUUAUUGUGACAGUGUACUGAGGUGAAAACGCGCCUUUUAGCUUUUGGCGUUCAUAAAUUACCAUUGCAACGCAUUCAGAACAUUGGAAGAUUGGAGCGGCAGCUGUGUUCUAUCUAUACACGCGAGUUCCAUCGCUUCUCCAACCUUUUUCGUCAACCCGGAAAGGACUUCUUGCCUUUGAGAGCUGGAUAUGUUGAGAUUAACGUAAAGGAUGGAUCUAAUAAUAUCUGUUUUGGGGAUCCUGACGCUGUUACUGGAGGGCAUCAGUUGCCAAGGAGUGUACGCGCCCCCUACGGUCCGCAUCGUCCACUCGGGCCACGCCUGUAACGUUGAGGAGGAGCGCCACGCGGAGAGAGUGUACACAAUCCGGGAGGGAGAGACCCUUGAACUCACCUGUCUUGUCACAGGACACCCACGGCCACAGAUCCGAUGGACCAAGACAGCAGGCAGUGUGUCUGACCGCUUCCAGGACUCGAGUGUGUUUAACGAGACGCUGCACAUCACCAAGAUCCAGAGACACCAAGGGGGACGCUACUACUGCAAGGCUGAGAACGGCUUGGGCUCCCCGGCCAUCAAGUCCAUACGGGUCGACGUCUACUUCCUGGAUGACCCUGUAGUGACGGUGCACCAAAGUGUAGGAGAGGCCAAAGAGCAGUUCUACUAUGAGAGGACAGUGUUCCUGCGCUGCAUGGCUAACUCCAACCCCCCUGUCCGCUACAGCUGGCACCGCGGACGAGAUGUCCUCUCACAGGGCUCUGACAAGGGAGUGGAGAUCUACGAACCAUUCUUCACGCAGGGGGAGACGAAGAUCUUGAAGCUGAAGAACCUUCGUCCUCAAGACUAUGCCAACUACAGUUGCAUCGCUUCCGUUAGGAACGUCUGUGGCAUUUCCGACCGAAACAUUGUCUUCAAACUCACCAACAAGACAGUGUCUCCGUCCAUCAAGCUGCUAGUGGAGGACCCCAUUGUGGUGAACCCUGGCCAGACGGUGUCCCUGGUAUGUAUCACUACGGGUGGGGAGCCCAAACCAACGCUGAGCUGGGUCAGCAGCUCCGACAGCCUGCCUGAGAAAAGUGUGGUAAAGGGUGGAACACUCACCCUGCCGGCCAUCACCUCAGACGAGGCUGGUGUAUACAGCUGUGUGGCCACUAACAACGUGGGCAACCCGGCCAAGAAGUCUACCACGAUAGUGGUCAGAGCGAUGAAGAAGGGCCGUUUCUGGAUCACCCCUGACCCCUACCACAAUGACGACAACAUUCAGAUCGGCCGUGAGGUCAAGAUAUCCUGCCAGGUGGAAGCCACGCCCCCUGAGGAGCUGACGUUUGGCUGGCUGAAGAAUGGGCGCGCCUUGCGUAGCUCCGAGCGAAUGGUGAUCACCCAGACGGACCCUGACACCUCCCCUGGCACCACCAACCUGGACAUCAUCGACCUGAAGUUCACUGACUUUGGCACCUACACCUGUGUGGCUGCGCUGAAGGGAGGGGGCAUACCUGAGAUCAGCAUUGAUGUCAACAUCUCCUCCACUACUGUUCCUCCCAACCUGACAGUGCCGCGGGGUAAGAGCCCCCUGGUGGUCCGGGAGGGUGACACGGUGGAGCUCGAGUGUCUGGUUUCAGGGAAGCCCAAGCCCAUUAUCCUGUGGUCUCGGGCCGAUAAGGAAGCGCCCAUGCCGGACGGGACCCUGCAGGUGGAGAGCUACGAUGGGGUGUUGCGGAUUGUCAACGUGUCCAGAGAGAUGACCGGCUCCUACCGCUGCCAGACCAGCCAGUUCAACGGGUUCAACGUGAAGCCCAGGGAAGCUGUGGUGGAGCUCAUUGUACAAUACCCUCCAACGGUGGAGCCUGUUUCGUUGGAGAUGCGUCAGGGCCUUGGCCGGCCGGUGGCCAUGAACUGCCGGGUCCUGCGUGCCCACCCCUCCCGGGUGCUGCGCUACGAGUGGCGGCUGGGGAACCGCCUGCUACACGCUGGACACUUCGACCAGAGCGAUGAGACGGAGUACACCGUCAAAAGCCUCAACCGCGAGGGCUGGGGGGAGUACACCUGUGAUAUCAUCAAUGAGGCCGGUGCCGGGCGCUGCACCUUCUUGGUAACAGGGAAAGCGUAUCCUCCAGAGUUCUACUACGACACGUACAGUCCGCUGUGGCAGAACCGGCCUAGAGUCUAUGGCUUCAAACUGCAGUGGACCCAGAUGAACCCCAACGCUGUAGAUCGCAUCGUGGCCUACCGCCUCGGCAUACGUCAGAUGGGACAACAGCGGUGGUGGGAGCAGGAGAUCACUGUGGAAGGAACCAUCACCAAGGGAGAGCUGAUCACACACAACCUGACAGAGCUUAUCAAGCCAGAGGCCUAUGAGGUGCGCCUCACCCCAAUCACACGCUUCGGAGAGGGGGACUCCACGAUCAGGAUCAUCACCUACAGUGCUCCCGUCAACCCUCACCUGAGAGAGUUCCACUGCAGCUUCGAGGAGGAGCCCAUCUGCAUGUUCACACAGGACAAGAACGACGACUUCGAUUGGACAAGACACAGCGCCGCCACCCGUGACACCAAGUACACGCCCAACACCGGGCCUAGCGGUGACCGCAGCGGAUCCAAACAGGGUUUCUACAUGUACAUCGAGACAUCCCGGCCUAGGAAGGAGGGUGAGGUAGCAAGGCUGGUCAGUCCUUUCUUCAACGUGGCGCCCAAGAACCCGUACGGCAUCACCAAUCCCCCGGCAUACUGCUUCAGCUUCUUCUUCCACAUGUACGGAAAACACAUUGGGACCCUGAACGCGCUCCUGAGACAGAAGGGUCAGGCAGCAACAGAGGGGCCCACCUGGUCACUGAGUGGUAACCAAGGCGACCACUGGAAACAGGCCAAAGUUAGCAUCCACCCAACCGCCUCUUUCCAGGUGGUGCUGGAGGGUAUCCGAGGUCCUGGUAUUGAGGGGGAUAUCGCAAUUGAUGAUGUCACCCUGGAGGAGGGGGAGUGUAGAGAUCUACCGGCCGUUAAUCUCAGAUCCGCUGCCCCAUCUACAUCUGCCCAUAUAUGGCUGCUGAGUGUCACCUUGGCGAUGACCUUCCGGUGGGGUCAUAGGUGACCCUGCCCUGCGCCAUCUGGCGGAGGCAAACGGGCCGAACCGGUCUCGGGCCCGACCUCGGCCCUGGUGUCUGUGUUAUUGUACCCUCAGCAUCCAAUCACCAAAGAUUCAUGCAUUCAGAAGGCGGCGGCGAGGGAAUCCAAACACAGACCACCAAGAGGGACGGAAAUCUUUAAAACAGACCAAAAAAAGGAAAAAAAUACCACAUAAAACGUAAUAAAAUAAGAUACGCAUUUUUUUUUAAAGAGACAACUUUUCCAGAAAAUUGCUCCCCAAGCGCAGGAUUGUGAGCACUUUUACGAGAGCGAAGCAAAGCCAGGUGUUGAGAUGCCUGGACUUUAGUGAGAGUGUUUACAAGCGCAGCGGGAAAACUAUUUGUAAAGCACAAGAACAAUUUUGCCAGUCAGGAAACUUAAAUUGAAAGGUAAGUGGGAAUUGAGACAUUGGGGACUUUUUGAAGAACAAAAUGACUUUUCCCCGGCUUAAAAAAAAUUUGAAUUGAAGCUUUUCUCUGUCUUAUCUUUUUGGAGUUGCACCUGAUACACAUCAAGGACUAUUUUCACUCUGCCCAGCCACCCUGACCUUCACACCUUGACAUGUCUCUCUCUCUCUCGACUUGAUGCUGUGCAGUAGAAAACAGAAACUUGGACAUUUAGUUAUCUAUCCCAGCUCUCUCUCCCCUCUUGCCCAGUAGCUGCCUAAGUAUUUCACAACACUGUCCUCACCAGUCCAAGUGGCCAACAGAGGGUAUGUGAGGCCAAGUAAGCAGGCCCCAGGCAGACUCCAGGCAAACCCCAGGCAGGCUCCAGACUCGGGGUCUGUGGGUUAGUUGGAGAGAAGUAGGAGAGAGAGUUGAAGAGGGGUGUGCCAUAGAGGUGGAGAGUUGUGGGGUAUAGAGGUGGAGAGGGGUGUGCCAUAGAGGUGGAGAGGUGUGGGUUAUAGAGGUGGAGAGGGGUGUGCCAUAGAGGUGGAGAGGGGUGUGCCAUAGAGGUGGAGAGGUGUGGGGUAUAGAGGUGGAGAGGGGUGGGGCAUAGGAGGUGGAAAGGGGUGGGGCAUAGAGUUGGAGAGGUGUGGGAUAUAUAGGUGGAGAGAUGUGUGGCAUAGAGGUGGAGAGGGGUGGGGUAGGAGAGAGAGUUGAAGAGAUGAGGGUUAGAGGGUGGAGUGGGGUAGGAGAGAGGUGGAGGAAGGGCUUUGGGGUUAGGACAGAUGAUGUGUAUAGGGAGGUGGAGGUCUGUAGCAGUCAGAAAGAGGUGGUUGGAGAUGGACAGACAGACUGACAAACAGACAGUUGGAGGCUAGGUGGAGGGCAGAGGGGAAAGGAGUAGAGGGUAGGAGUAGAGGCAAAAAGGAAGGGUGGAAGACAGAUGAGAAGAGAGGUGUCUCUGCUCUCCCCCAGUCGGUCGAACCCUGCAGCUGAGGAACAGAAGCCACUUCCUGCCAUGAAACAAAGUGCCUUCAGAUCACAAACAACAGAACAGACCGAACUGUUAGCCUGGAUGGUAAGACCAAACACACCUAUGAUGAUGAUAGUGAUGGUGAUGUUUCCACUGAUGGGCUAUUUUCUACAUGUUUAUUUUGCCCCACAAGUGCUGGUGGAAAGCACGCUUCCUCAAAGGGAUUCAGUUGAAAUUGUGUGUGUGUGUGUGUGAGUGUGUGUGUGUGUGUGUUUUAGGGCAAGCUGGGGGAUAGUCAGGCAGACCGGGGGGCCUAGGUCCCAGGACUAUUGCAAGAUGUCACAAACCAGGCAGUUGUGGCCGUUCCAAUAAAGGAGUUAGUAUAAAUGGACAGGAGGGGUGAAAGCGAUGGACUACUAAGAGAGGAAGGGCUAUGGAGUUUCUCAGAAAGACAGUCAGAGAACACAUACUGUAUGAGGACAAAGACAGUCGAUUGAUUGCCUCACUGUUUCCGAAAGAGUCUCCAUCCCAGCCGAACUGACUUUUUAAAAGAAAAGAACAGAACUAUUAAUGAAUAUAAUGUUGUGUUGUACAGGGAGUUGAAGAUGCCGGUAGAUGGAAUACUGUAAGCCUCGCUGCCCCACACACCUCCACCAUUUAUAUCAAACAAUGGGAGAGAAAAAUAUGAAUAAUGAUCAUAAUAAUGAUAUUUUAUUACUCUAGCGAGAAUGUUUCUCUGCUUUUACACAAACUGUGAAGAUUGCCUGUGGAAGAUCUACAUGAGACCCUCCAUUACCUUAACCAGCUGGUUUUUAAAAAGAUAUUGUACAAAAAAAAGACUAAAAGAAAAAAUUCCGUACAUUGUUGGUUAUGAAGAGAAAACAAAAACGUUUUGAGGACUUGUUGGUCUUGUUUCUUAUAUUUUUCUGUUGGGAAAAUGAUCUGACUUUUAACUUCUUUUUAUCUUCUUGUUGUCUCCCUUGCAUUGCUGAAGUAUCAAAAACCGAUGAUGGAAACAUAAGACGUUAAACCUAUUUGGUAAUUGUAUAACUUGUAAAUGUGAAGAAGCUCUAUUAUAAAGGUUUAUGAUCACUGUUUUAUGUUGGAGAACUGGAAGCACAACAUAUAAGGUCUCAACAUAUAAAAUGCAGUAUAUAUGCACCUAUAUGUGACCUGCUCACACAAAGUCAGGCUUAUAGACCCCGAGAAACAUAUUACACAAUCAUCGAUAAUAAAUAACUUGUAUUAUUUUUACUCGUUACGUUGACAUUCAUACAGUCUUAUCCAUCCAAAGACACGAAUGCAAAUUCUGUGAAAAACUAACAGUCAUAGAUCAUCAAGAAUGAAACUUACCAGACAAUUGUAGCCAACGAAUUUGGCUGUUAUUGAGUUGUAAUUUGGUUGGUAUUGUGGCUUUUGACGCAGAAAACAUUUAUGUGAUGCAAAGACAAACUAGAAAAAUAUGCCUGGUUUGGUCCGAGCGGGUCGUGUACACGUGUGAGCAUAUGCAGUGUACAAUAGUUGUGAUAAGAAACAGAAACAUGGAAAAGAAAAACACACCAUACAUAAAACUAAACAGAGCAGAAUGAUUGGCAGUCGUUAGAAAGCAUUAAUAACAUCCUCUCAUAAGGCGUAUGUUAUAGUUCCUAGGACAUUAUCACGUUUACAUGUACUGUUUAUGCUGUAGAGUCUGUUCGCUUUCACAAAGAUGCCCAGAUCAUAUUGAAUGUAAAUCAAAAAUGAGCGUGCCAUAAUAAUUGAGAAUUGAUUUAGGCUUUGAAGCUUUACCUAAGCCCUUUUUAAAAGACACAUUCACACAUAUUACACUGUUAUCUGUGAAAUGAUCCGUAUAAUUUUGCCAUGCAUCAUGUUGUUACAAAACUAUUUGUCAAAAGGUCAAAUUUAGACCUGUUUAUUGAUUAUUUCUGACUUGGACAUAGACCUACUACUAUACUUGGCAAACUCAACACAUACUGUACUUCACUGAAAUCACUAUUGUCCAUCAUAACUGAAGGGCUUUGUCACAUUGUGCCAUUCUUCACCAGGUUUUAAUAUUAUUAUCUCCCAAUGAUAUAACAUAUCACAGGAAGUGGUAACCCUUACUACCCGCAUCACUUCCUGUCACGCUCGG